AUGGGCUCACGUCGGUUCACACCGUGCUCGCGAGAAGUGGUGAUUGCGGGGGCUCUUCUCUUCAUCGUCUUCAUCCUCUUCUUUAGCCCGACAUCACCAUCCCAGGCGUACCACGAAGUCAUCAAGAGCUCUUUUGUCUCGUCGCCUUUCGCAACAUCGACCAAAGGACCCGUGGUUCCCGGAGGCACUCUACAGCGGCCAGAGUCCAAGUAUGCAUACGUCGUAUACCUGGCACCCACCGAAAAAGAGGAUGCCGGCGAGGAAGACACCGAAGAUGACGUCUAUCUCACGUCCGUGCGCCUCCUCAUCUACCAACUUCUCCAUGAUCCCGAGACACGAACCAACAACUCGAUUCCCGUCGUGGUCCUGGUCUCGCCGCAGGUCUCGCAGUCGAAACGACGCCGCCUAGAGCGCGAGGGCGCCUGGAUCGCCGAGUUCCCCUCCAUCGAGCUGGAGACGGUCAAGCCGGACCGGCCCCGCUGGAAGCACGUCAUGGACAAAAUGAACGUGUUCCGCCUCACGCAGUUCGAAAAGGUCCUGCUCAUGGACCUGGACAUUGUCCUCUUCAAACCCCUCGACGCCAUCUUCGAGGAGCCCGAGACCGACAUCCAGGACAACCUCGGCAUGGAGAACCAGACGAAAGAUGACGAAGGGCCCCAACCCCAACGCUAUCUCCUGGCCGCCGACUCGUCUCCGAUCGGCAGCGACAAGCACCCGUGGCCGGCGCCGCGCUCCAAGGCCCUCAACGCGGGAUUCAUGGUGCUCCACCCGUCCGAGGAGAUGCUGGCGCACUAUCUCAGAAUCGGGUCCAUCGACGGCCGGACUCCCAUGCUGGCCCCCGAGAACAAUCUGCUCGAAUACGUCCACCGGCCCGACGGCAACAUGCCCUACUCCCAGAUUCAACACUACUGGGUCAUGAACCACCCGGUCUUCGACGACUACAAACACGGCAUCGCGGCGGUGCACGAGAAAUGGUGGCGCAACAGUAUGACCGAUCACCAGUUGAAGGAGAUGUUGCUGAAGCCGCGGUGGAAGAUGGAGGGCUAUUGGAGUCGGUGA